UGCCUGUGUUUCCCUGCAGAUGGCACUCACAGCCUCUGUUCCCCAUACCCCUUUCUAUCUGUCAUAUUUUCACAGCUGCUGUGAAUGCUCUCCAGUUGCUGUAAGCCCUGAUAGUAAGCACACUUGCUGUAGAGGUGGAGAGAAAAUGCUAAGCAGAAAAACAGCAGUGGUGACCUAUCCCAUGCUGCUUCCUCGCCAGCUGUCCCAAAGUGACCACAAUAAUGCCAGUCAAGGUGGAUGUACCCUGAAAGCUAAGAUGUAAAAAGGGCAGCGGGAUGCCUGUGCAGUGCAGUAUCCUGAGAGGGACCUGCAGCUACAAACAUCAGCAACUAAGGAGCUUUCCUUCUAUUGGGAUCAUUACACUGACCCCUGUGCCUGUCACCUGGAAGGAUCUCAUCACCCCCAAGGAAUCAGAGACCAUGAAUAGAUUUCUGAACAUGGAACUGUUAUCUGCAUAAACAUUCUCUGUUGCAACCAACAUUUGGGAAUCAUAAAAAAAAAGAUAAUGAGAAGAACAGACAUCUAAGUGGCAGUUAAGCAAAGUACUUUUCCUCCGGGAUGUACAACCAGAACAGCAUGGGAAAUGGAACUAUCCGAGCCCCACGGAGGGAGGAUAGCUGUCUGUCCUCUAGGAGGAGAGAACAUUCCUCAGGGGCCUUUACUAAACUGCAGGAGACUGUGCUGCUUCUAGAAGAAGAAUUGAGACAGAGAUGGAAAGAACUGCAAGAUAAAGACGAAAAAAUACGGCUCCUCGAAAAGGAACUAGAAACAAAAUCUGUUCAAAUAGACAAACUGCAAGAUGCUAUUGGUUACAACAUCCAGGUGUCACCGAAAGGUAGUGAAAAGAAAAAGCUGCUAAGUGUUAUAAACCAAGGGCCUGCUCAGCAUAAUGAGAAAGCCACCGAUACUCAUAGACGUCAGAAAGCCAAAGAAGGAGUCUCAGCAGAGCCAACUUCACGGCAUUAUUACAAUCCUUCUUGCCAGAACCCAGAUGUCACCAGUGUCCGUAAGGAUUCAAGCGCUAAAAAGCUAAUCACUGGAGCAAUCAUGAGUAAUGACUUCCUACAACAGCUGGAAGCUUCACAUGUACGUCGAAUGGUGGACUGCAUGUAUGAAAGGGUGUACAGUCAAUCACAGCUUGUCAUUCAAGAAGGGGCAGCGGGUAACCAUCUUUAUGUUUUGGCAGAGGGCUUGCUUGAUGUUAUUCAGAAUUCUCGGCUGCUCGGACAAAUGCAUCCUGGGACUGCUUUUGGGGAAUUAGCCAUUCUAUAUAACUGCAAAAGAACGGCAACUGUGAAAGCGGUGACGGACUCCAAGAUUUGGGUUUUGGAUAGACAGGUUUUCCAGAAUAUUAUGAUGAGUUCAGCACAAGCUCAACAUCAGGAAUACUUCAGCUUUCUUCGCAGUGUUUCACUACUGAAAGAUUUACCCGAAGAGAAGCUGUCAAAGAUUGUAGAUUGCCUGGAAGUUGACUUCUAUGACAAAGGGGAUUAUAUCAUCAGAGAAGGAGAGGAGGGCAACACAUUUUUUAUUAUCGCUAAAGGAAAGGUGUGUGUGACGCAGGCUGUGGAAGGGUCUCAGGAACCACAGGAAAUAAAAAAACUAGGAGUUGGAGAUUAUUUUGGGGAAAAAGCCCUAAUCAGUGAAGAUGUCCGCUCCGCCAACAUCAUAGCCGAUGAGGAUGACACACAUUGCCUUGUCGUUGACAGAGACACAUUUAAUCAGAUGGUCGGAACUUACCAGGAGCUACAGACAUAUUUGCGGGAGUAUGUGUUUCAGUUGGCGCUUAAUGACCAUGACCGAAGAAAUGCCAGGAAAAAGAGCCUUCAUCAUUCAGUUUCCCGAGAUAACUCAGAGGUCAACCAGCUCAGAGAGUUGGUAUCCAGGUUCUCCAGCACUUCCCCAUUCCGUUACUUGGAUGUUAUCACCACACUUGGGACUGGAGGCUUUGGGCGUGUUGAGCUGGUAAAAUUAAAGGACGAAGAUAUGACCUUUGCAUUAAAGUGCAUCAAGAAAAAGCAUAUUGUGGACACGCAUCAACAAGAACAUGUGUAUUGGGAGAAGAACAUACUCCAGCAAAUCAACUGUUCAUUUAUCAUCAGGCUCUACAGAACUUUCAGGGAUGCCAAAUAUGUAUAUAUGCUGCUGGAGGUGUGUCUUGGAGGGGAGCUCUGGAGCAUUCUACGAGACACGGGUUUUUUUGAGGAGGGGACUGCCAGAUUUUGUGUUGGAUGUGUUUUGGAAGCCUACGACUACUUACAUAAUCGUGGAAUUGUGUACAGAGACCUUAAGCCAGAGAAUCUCCUUCUUGAUUCUGAAGGAUAUAUUAAAAUGGUAGACUUUGGGUUUGCAAAAAAAAUUGGGGCAGGGAAAAAGACUUGGACAUUUUGCGGCACCCCAGAGUAUGUGGCUCCAGAGAUUAUCAUGAACAGAGGACAUGACUUUGGGGCAGAUUACUGGUCGCUGGGUAUACUCAUCUAUGAGCUUUUGACAGGAAGUCCACCUUUCUCAGGGACAGAUCCCAUCAAAAUUUAUAACAUGGUGUUGAAAGGAAUUGAAAAAGUAGACUUCCCACACCGAAUCGGACGUCGCUCUGAAGAUCUGAUCCGUAGGUUGUGCAGGAUCAAUCCAGCAGAAAGGCUUGGUAAUCGUAAAAAUGGCAUCAGUGACAUUAGAAAGCAUAAAUGGUUCCAAGGCUUUAACUGGGAUGGACUACGUAGCCGAAAACUACUCUCACCACUAAAGAGAGAGAUCAAGUCAAUCACAGAUCACAGCUAUUUUGACACUUUUCUGCCUGAAGCCGAAGAUCCACCAGAUGAGUUAUCCGGAUGGGAUAAGAACUUUUGAAAAAAAUCUGAAAUUAUAUCUUCCAGUUGGAUUCUAACUGACAUUUCUAGAAAGACUGAAGACAAUAUUUAGACGACACUUAGAAAAUUAUAGGAUUUGUACGUGGAAAAAUCUAUUGUGUCUGUAUUACAGAGAAAAAACAAGAAGCGUUGAUUAUGUACUUUUUCAGGAAAACAUGCCAGGAUUAUGACAUAUGUUUUUUUUUUUCUCUUAGUUGGCUGACCCAUGAUGCCUUGUUAAAAUCAUGCUGGAGGCCAGGUUAUUAUUAGGUUAUUUACAACACUUUCUCAGGAGUGCUAUUCUUUGAACUUGUAAAAACGAUUUAAGAUAAAUUAAGCCAUGCUUAAUUUUUUUCCUCC